AUGCCAGUGACAAGAUCCAGUGGUGCAGCUACUAAAUCUACCGAACCUGAAGAACGUGUUGAACUUGUUUCGGAUGACAUGGACGAGACCUUAGAGGAAGAGGUUGAGUAUGAAGAAGUAGAGGAAGAAGUUGAAGAGGAAGAAGAGGAAGACGAGGAAGAAUUUGAAGAGGAAGUAGAGGAAGAGGAAGAAGAGGAAGAUGAUGUUCAUGGACGAGACGUCGGAAAGGAGCCUGUUGGGGACGAUGACAUGGAAAGUUUUGAAGCUGAUGAGGAGUUAGAAAAGAAACAUGCUGAGCUUCUUGCACUUCCUCCACAUGGUUCAGAAGUAUAUCUUGGUGGGAUUUCACCUGUUACAUCUGUAAGUGACCUCAGGCGCUUUUGUGAGUCUAUUGGCGAAGUUACAGAGGUUAGAAUAAUGAAGGGAAAGGACUCGAAAGAAAGCAAGGGAUAUGCCUUUGUAACCUUCAGGACGAAGGAACUAGCUUCUAAGGCUAUUAAGGAUCUUAAUGGUUCUGAGUUGAAGGGGAAAAAGGUGAAGUGUUCAUCAUCCCAAGCAAAACAUAAGUUGUUUAUCGGUAAUAUACCAAGAAACUGGGGGGAGUUGGAUAUGAAGAAAGUUGUGAAUAGAGUAGGGCCUGGUGUUGUUGCUGUUGAACUUUUAAAGGACCCUCAGAACUCUGGUCGGAACCGUGGAUUUGCUUUCAUCGAGUAUUAUAAUAGUGCUUGUGCCGAGUAUUCAAAGGAAAAGAUGUCUAAUCCAAAAUUUAAACUUGAUGACAAUGCUCCAACUGUGAGCUGGGCAGAUCCGAAAAACGCAGAAUCUUCGUCUUUGCAGAUCAAAGCUGUCUAUGUAAAGAACUUGCCAAAAGAUGUAACUCAAGAUCAGCUUAUAGACUUGUUUGAACAUCAUGGGAAGAUUACCAAAGUUGUUCUUCCUCCAGCUAAACCAGGACACGAGAAAAGCAGAUACGGUUUUGUUCACUUUGCCGACAGGUCAAGUGCUAUGAAAGCUCUAAAGAACACCGAGAAAUAUGAACUUGAUGGGCAAGUUGUAGAAUGCUCUCUCGCGAAGCCUCAGGCAGAUCAGAAAACGACCGGGAUAUCAAGUUCUCAAAAACCAGCUCUAUUACCAACCUACCCACCUCGCAUGGGAUAUGGUUUGACACCUGGCUAUGGGGCUUUAGGUGCCGGAUAUCCUGGUGCAGGCUUUCCACAAGCAAGACCUCUUCCAUUGCUCUAUGGAAGGGGAGCUUCGCCUGGCAUGGCUAUGAUGCCCAUGCUUAUGCCUGAUGGCAGAAUUGGAUAUGUCCUUCAACAACCGAGUGUGCAACCACAUACACUUCCACUGCCCCAAAGAGGAGGUGGUCGGGGGCGGGGCAGCUCGAGUGGUGGAAGGCGCGGCAGUGAUGGUGGUCGUGGACGUAGCCGUUAUAAUCCUUACUGA